UCUGAAACAAGAAUGACCUGAAAAGCUCAAAAAUGGAGAACUUUGAACCAUAGCUGGAUACUUCCAUAUACCAUGGAAGCUUUGAAGGACCCUCACAGAGAAAUCUGGAUGUGUUCUCCAAGGACAUUUCAAUCAAGGGAUGUAAUAAAAGGAGUCUGGAGGCUUUGACUUCUGGAGACUUUCUGAAUCAAGGAUUUCAGAGGACAUAAGUGGAGAGGGAGUACGCAAUUCCUGGAGGUGUCAAAAAGCAGGACUGGGCCGGUGGAAAAUGAAUGCUACCAACAACUCAAGCAUAUGUCUAGAUUUGGUAGACCUGAAGUCAUACCAGCACUUCAUCUAUGCAGUGAUCUACACUGUCAUCUUGGUGCCAGGGCUCAUUGGAAAUGUGUUGGCACUCUGGGUCUUCCGUGCUUACGUGAAGGAGACCAAGAAAGCUGUCAUCUUCAUGAUCAACCUGGCCAUUGCUGACCUGCUACAGGUGCUCUCGCUGCCCCUGAGGAUCUACUACUAUCUGAAUGACUCCUGGGCCUUUGGGUCAGUGCUGUGCAUGGUCUGCUUCUAUCUGAAGUAUGUCAAUAUGUAUGCAAGCAUCUACUUCCUGGCAUGCAUCAGCGUGCGUCGGUGCAUGCUUAUCAUUCACCCUCUACGCUAUACCUCAUCUAGGCGUCGCUUGGACCGUGGCCUGUGUGUAGCAGGUUGGAUCGUGGUUUUCCUGUGUUGUCUGCCCUUCCCCUUGUUGAGGUCUCCUAACAUUCCAACUCACUGCUUCUCGGAGCUGAACAUGGUGGAGGUGCCCAUGGCAGUUGGGGUAACUUUGGUAGGGGCAGCAGAGCUACUGGGAUUCCUGCUGCCCCUGGCCCUGGUGCUCACCUGCUCUUGGCGGACAGCAGCCAGCCUGCGUGAGAAGAACGCUGUGCUUCAGGACAGCGGAGAGAAGCGCAAAGCCCUCAAGAUGGUCCUCAGCUGUGCGGCUGUCUUCCUGAUCUGCUUCGCCCCGUACCACCUCACCUUCCCCCUGGACUUCCUGGUCAAGUUCAAAGCAGUGAGCAACUGCACCAUCCAUGACUUAAUCCUGCGCUGCCACCCUGUCACUCUCUGCCUGGCCAGCCUUAACUCCUGCCUUGACCCCAUUAUGUACUACUUCACCACCGAUGAGUUCAGGAGGAGGCUUUCCCGGCAAGAGCUGGCUGACAGCUUCCAGCUGCACCGCAGGUUGUCCUGCACAGCUGGGGAAGACAAGCCCCUGGAGCCACAGCUUGGGAACGGACGAAGAACGUGGUCGUCCGCUAGGAGCGAAGAGACUGUGGACACGCCAGUUCACUCAGGGUGUGACUCUUGAGAUACACCAGUGCUUGAACCUGAGGGAAGAGACCGAGGGCACCCCUUAGGCCCAGAAAAGGGUUUGAGGACACACCCCGGCAAAGAUGCUUAUGAACUAUCUCUUCCGUCUGUGAAAAGUAAUUAAGAACGUAGAUAACAAAUAAUCUCUACAUAGCUUGGACCACUAAAAUAUGAAGUUCAUUAUUUAUCAUGGCACCUGGAUUAUACUGUGAGUUUUGACAAAAAUUCCUGCGUUUCGUGAAGUUUGAUACAAGAAACUAUAUUUUUUCCAUUGGUUAUUUA